AUGACUGAUGCCGGGUUCUUCAAAGGUACUUCGGCUGAACAAGAUAGUCGAUUUGCAAAUAAACAAAAAAAAUUACUUAAACAAAUGAAAUUUCCUGAUAAUAUUGAUGUUAAAAUCGAUAUGUUAAAAGUUAAUUUAGAUGUAUUGAAAUCAUGGAUUACAACACGUUUACAAGAAUUAUUAGGUAUUGAAGAUGAUGUUGUUAUUGAAUUUGUUUUCAAUCAAUUAGAAGAAAAGAAUCCUGAUCCAAAAAUGAUGCAAAUUAAUUUAACCGGUUUUCUUGGUGGAAGUAAAGCUCGAUUAUUUAUUGGUGAACUUUGGAAACUUUUAACUAGUGCACAAUCAUCAUCGGAUGGCAUACCAGCAGAAUUAAUUGAAAUGAAAAAGAGAGAAUUAUUAAAACGACAGGAAGAUGAUAAUCGAUUACGUGAAAUUCGCAAACGUGAAGAAGAUAGUCAUCGACAAGAUAUAAAACCUGAUGUUGAUAAGUUAGAUCAUAAAAUAAAUGGACGUAAUCCAAUGGCAUCCUCAAGUAAUAAAUCACGUAAUGAGAAUGAUGCUGCUGCUGAAUAUAAAUCACGAUCAUAUUAUAAUGAUGAUCGUCGGGAUCGUGAUCGACGACGUUCAUCACCCAAAAAUCGUCGAAUACGAAAUUCACGUAGUCCAGAUUUAAGAACACGACAUAACGAUAAAAAAUCAAAUCGAUUCGUUUCGGAAAAUAGUGAAAAUGAAGAUAAUAAUCAUCAUCGUCAUCAUGAGAAAACAAAACAAAAUCUUAAAACGUCAUCCAAUCGACAUGAACGUCAUCGUUCACCAUCAAAAUCUCCUCUACAUAGUCGAAGUCCAAUAAAAUCAUCACGAAAAAAUGAAAAACGUCAACAACGAUCUCCAUCAUCAUCAUCCGAACAUCAUAAUACAUCAUAUCCAACAACAAAAAAAUCAGAAAAAAUUAAACCAAAAACUAAAACUUGUUCAUCAUCAUCAAGUCCAAAUGACAGUCAUUCACAUCAAAGACACGAUAAAUCAUCACGAAAAAAAACUGAUAAUGUCUCAAAUGAGUCCCAAGAAAUAAAACGACAAAAAACAUUUGGAAAUAAUAAUUUAACAAAUGAAGAUCAAAUUAAAAAACAACCCGUGUCUAAAACUAAACGAAAAUCUCCUACACCUUCUCCUCCACGUUCAAAACAAUCAAUAAAAACUUCUUCAAAAUCGAUGCCUACUAUAGAAAAAUCUAAACCAAAAGAAUCACCAUUUAGAGAAACGAAAAAAACUAAAAAACAAUCGAAACGAACUCGAUCAUCAUCUAUUAAUUCUUCGUCACUUUCACGUUCAAUUUCCAAUUCAUCCGUUUCAAGCGCAACAUUGUCAUUAUCGUCCAUAUCUGAAUCAGAGAAAAAUAAACAACAAAAGAAAAAACCACAAUUGGCCAAAACCGGUUCAUCAAGUCGAUCACGAUCAACUUCACCGAACCGUAGUCGAAAGCCCGACAAAAAGAAAGAUGAUCAUAAAUCAAGAAAACAUAGUACUCAUAAUAGUAAAUCUUCAUCAAAAAAACGAACAAAACAUCAUAGAAGUAAUGAUAAUAAACGAAAAUCCAAUCGGGAUCACCUAGACAAAUCAAUAACAAAAAAGACACAUCGAAAUGAAUCAUCGAAAAAGAAAACAGAUAAAAAUGAAGAUAAAGAAAAGACAUAUUCGAAUUCAUAUCAAUCAUCAUCAACAAAUAAUGAAAUUCCACAAUCACCAUCACCAAAAAGACCUCGACUUGAAUCUCAAAUAAAAGUACAAACACCACCACCAAAAUUAUCUGAUGAUAAUCAUAAAUCACAACAAGAAUUAGUUCGUCAACCGUCUACACCGAUAAAACCAAAUCGAACUGAACGAAUUGUUGUAUUAGAAGAGUCUCGUACUGAUGGUACUGAUUCAAUUUCAGCACGUGUAUCAAUUUCAACAAAAAUCAAUGAUAAUGAAGAAUAUCAAAAUAAUAAUCACAGUGAAGAUGAAAAUGAAAUUGAUUUACGUGAACGUCUUUUACGUGAAAAAGCAAUUAAAUCAAUGAGACGUCGUCAAAAUCUUACUACUAAUAAUAAUACGAAUAUAAAUACAAAAACAACAACUAAUGAUCGAAUUGUUUAUGAAACGCAAUAA